GGGCUUUGAAAGGCGAAGUCCCGACGCGGCUCCACCUUAACAACCCUAAUCCGAGCCCAGCAGGCCUCUCCCUCCACACAGGGGCAGCGUCGCCCAUCGCCCGUCCGCUCUUUCACUUGUGCGAGCCCCCCUUUUGUCCGCCAACGACCACCAUGGUGGCAUCCGGCGGUCCCAGCACGGGCCAGACCUGCGGGCUCGUCCUGAUUUUCGCCGUGCUGUUGCAAUCCAUCUGCGUGGCAAUCACUUUCCUUUAUUUCACCAACGAGCUGCAACAGCUCCGAGACACGUAUGCAAAGAGUAGCUUUGCUUGCUUCACCAGAGAACAUUUUUUCCUAGAAGAUAUGGAUCCAAAUGAUAAAGAAGAUGGCGAUCCUUGCUGGGAAGUCAAAUGGCAGCUGUCAAGGCUUGUUAGAAAGAUGGUGGCCAAGAAUCGUGCAGAAGAAGUAACAUCAGUUUCGACACAAGACAACAUUUCACCAGAUGCCAUUGCAAGAGAUGUACCUAGGAACCCCCGAGUCGCAGCUCAUCUCACCUCAAGCAGAAAUGCAAGGAAAGGUUUAUUUGUACAAAGUUCUCCUAUCAGAAACAAUUUGGGAUUUAAAAUAAUCUCUUGGCAAUCUUCGAUGUAUCCGUCCUUUCUUCACAAUGUUUUGCUGAACAAUGGAGAACUUAUCAUACAGCAACCUGGAUUUUAUUACAUUUAUGCACAGACUUAUUUUCGGUUCCGGGAAUCGGAAGGGGUUGAAUCCAAUGCAGAUCCUGACUCGGACAGCAUUAGGAAUCCGAAGCAGAUGGUUCAGUACAUUUCCAAAUUUACAGAUUAUUACCCAGAAGCCAUCCUGUUAAUGAAAAGUGCAAGAACCAGCUGUUGGUCUGAAAACGUAGAAUAUGGACUGUAUUCCAUAUACCAGGGUGGAGUGUUUCAAUUAAGGAGAAAUGAUAAGAUUUUUGUCUCCAUCAGCUAUCAAGAACUAGUGGAUAUGGAUAAAGAAGCCAGCUUUUUUGGAGCCUUCCUGGUCUCUUAAAGAAGAGAACAAUUAGACAUCAUGAAGAGGUUGUGGAAGACUUGGAGAAUUCUGCUUUUGAAGCAGAAUAAGAAGUUAGUUGCACUAUCCACAGAAUUGGACCAAGUAUAUAGUUUCUCUGUUAACCACCAGUGAGACCAGUUCAAGGUUCCAUUAUCCAAACUCCACAAUGAAUGGUUGGCAUGCUAUAGAUACAGAAAUGCCAACAAGCUGUUGUGGGUCCAUGAAUACUCUUCCAGGGAUUUUGUUUUUUGUUUGGAACGGGACAGUUGCAUUUGGUUUGUUUCAACAAAUUUCUGUUGAUCAUAUGCAUGGAAUCCAUGCACCUAACAAGACAACAGCGAGACCUACAUAGUAACAAGUGAUUCAAGCUGUCCUGUCGUGUGGGUAGUGUCACUGUGGUGUGAGUUGCAUUUGCUGAACUGCUGGACUGACUCUGAUGGCAGAAUGUAAAAGAUAAAAGCAAAAUAGAUUCCCUGAGUUUCCUUUUUUCAAAUCAGAAUGGUGAGAGCUGCAUCGCUCAUUUAGACUAGCACCUGGAAGAUUCUUACAGAAAGGUACCAUCUCUGAUUGCAGGAGAAGAAAAAUCACUUAUUGCAAAGCUGGACCCUAAAUUCACUUCCAUCAAGGAGAACGUUCAUAUACCUGCACCCCUUCAUGCAGUUUGAAAUGGUACAGUCCUGGGUGGGCUGUAUCAUGCAAUAUCUCCAAACAUGCUGUUCAUUUUUGAGAAUGAAAAAAAUGUGAAUCUCGUUGGGAAAUCUGCAAAGAACAGAAUUUGCUUCAUGUUCUAUAAUUCGUACCUCCUUUUAAUGCAGGACCAUUUUUCAUAUGAAAAGAUUCUUUUUAAGUUUUAAGAUUUUUUUGUUUUUAAGUUUAAGAUUUUUUUUAAAUAGCACACUAACAAAAAUCGGGCGAAUCAGAGCAAUUUUUUUUUUUUUUUUUGCAAAGAUCCAGAUACAAACUGAAGAGGGAUAUAAUUUAGAGGACCCUCAAUAAAUCAAUGGUGCCUUUUGCUCUUGUGAGAAUUAGUGUUAUCACCUGUAGACUUAUGCUGAAGACACAGGAGGUUUAAAAAAAAAGUAAAUAACUCUUAACCACAGACUCUGUAAAAGCAAUUAAAUGUUGCUGAAAGUUUACUGUUUUAUUCCAGAAAGAUAAGUGACGGUCAAAGAAGCUUCUACUUAUUUCGAACUGGAAACACAUAACUGUUUAAUAUUGGAUAAAAAUCAGUUUAUUUCUGUAAUGCCAAAUAGUACUGGAUUGGUAUUUAGUAGCAAUAUUGUAUUGAAAUGCCAUGAACAUUUUCACUUGCAGGAUGUUUUUUGCAUUGUGAUUGACAAAACAGUUGCCAGCUGUUUCUCCAGCUUCCACAGCACACCACUUUGAUGUACACAGCUUAGUCAAUACCAUUGUUCGUUGCUCUGUUGUGAACCCCUGAGGAUUUCUCUGCUGUCAUUGGUGUAGUUUUUCAUGUGAUCUAUUAGCUCAACUUCUCUAAGGGCUUCCUAUUAACUUUUUAGUUUGGUUGAGAAGGAAAAUCUCACCAUAACUACAAUUUUGGACAAUGUGCUGAUUGUAGCCUUACUUCGUUGGCCGAUAUGUUUGAAAGAGUUACAAAUAUUGGCCAACUGUUUCUGUAGAAGGAAAAUACAACCGUAACUAAUUUUGGACAGUAUGAUUAUCAUACUUUUACUAUGUUGGCCACAUACUAUGUUGAAAAAGAUGUAAAUGUAGGCCAACUGCAUCUUCAGAAGUAAUUUCUUUCAAAAUGCUUUUAAAUAUAUGCAAAGAGAUACUGAAGUUACAUACUGUGUCCAAUGUUGGGGUGUAAAUAUGUAGCAGUGACAUUAAUAUGAUGAUGUCACGUCAUUCCAUUU